AUGAUAUCUGAAGUAAGAAAUGAUGUUAGUGAUUGGCCCUUGCCUCAAGUCACUAACGUUGAUGAAUGGGUUCCUUUUGAAGGGCAACUAUUUGAAGAUAAUGAAUAUGUAAAUUCUUUAACAUUUCAAGAGCUACAACAUGAACCCUUGCCUCAAGUCAACAACAUUGAUGAGGGGGUUCCUUUUGAAGGGCAAGUAUUUGAAAGUGAUAAUGUUGCUUAUGAAUUUUAUUGUUUAUUUGCAAAACAAAAUGGAUUUUCUAUUAGGCGUGAUCACAUUUAUAAAUCUAGUAAAAAUGUGUCUGAAGAGAAUCCAUCUGGUGUUUAUAAGAGGGAAUUUAUUUGUCAUGGUGGUGGUAUUGUUAAACCACGCAAAACUGUUGAAGUGGAAAAUCAAAGGAAACGAAAAUCUUCAAGAUGUGAUUAUGGUGCAAAGAUGGUAGUUAAUAAGAGAACAAUUGGCUUUGAGAAAAAAUGGGUGGUUAAAUAUUUCAACAAUUCUCACAACCACGAGUUAUUGGAUAACAAAGAGGUUCGAUUUCUUCCUGCUUAUCGUAACAUUCCAAUUGUUGAUCAAGAUCACAUACUAUUAUUAUCUAAAGUUGGUUGCUCUGUAAGUAUUAUAAUGAGAGUGCUUGAGUUAGAGAAAAGAACGGGCACAGGAAAUUUACCAUUCUUAGAAAAAGAUAUUAGAAAUUUUAUUCAGUCAUAUAGUGGUAUUGGUAAAGAAAGUGAUGCUGCAGAUGUUCUCAGAUUGUGCAAAAGUUUGAAAGAUCGAGAGGAGGCCUUCCAAGUUGAAUUCACAAUUGAUGAAAGUAACAAAUUGGAGCAUAUUGUUUGGGCAUUUGGUGAUUCAAUUCGCGCAUACGAAGCUUUUGGAGAUGUUGUAGUUUUUGAUACCACAUAUAGAAUAAACCGUUAUGGGAUGCCUCUUGGAAUAUGGAGUUUCCUAGCUUUUGUGAAAGGAAAAUAUCCAAAAAUAAUUCUUACCGAUCAAGAUCUUUCAAUUAAAGAAGCCAUUGCAACGGAAUUGCCAAACACAAAACAUGCAUUUUGUAUAUGGCAUAUUGUCGCAAAGCUGUCAAGUUGGUUUUCUUUUCCACUAGGUUCGAGAUAUGAUGACUUUAAACAUGAGUUUCAUAAGGUUGGUGUUGCUGUCAAAAUUAGAAAUCAAGCUGGAGAAGAGGCACGAAUGCGUCAAAAGUAUCAUAAUCCUCAUAUUACAACACAUUUUCCUAUUGAAGAACAUGCCUCGUCUAUACUCACACCUUAUGCCUUUAAGUUGCUUCAAUAUGAGAUCGAAUUAUCCGCAAAGUAUGAAGCAAUUGAAGCUGACAAUGGCUCUUAUGUUGUGCAACAUCAUACCAAAGUUGAUGGUGGUCGUAUAGAAUACUAUGUAGACAUGCAAUUCGAGUGCUAA